AUGCAAGGUAUGCAUGGACAACAACCUCCUGCUCCAGUUCCCGUUCCUCAAGCUGCAGCUGGACCAGAAUUUUGUGCCUUCUUCAGGAUGGAUCCUCCAGAUUUUGUUGGUGGACUUUAUUCCUUAUUGGCUCAUGAUUGGUUAGCUGGUAUGGAAAGGGUGUUUCAGGCCAUUCAUUGUACUGAAGAAGAAAAGGUGAUCUUUGCUACACAGAAGAUGACGGGACCGACUCUUAGGUGGUGGAACACUGCAUCUACUUAUUUCACCGCACAAGAGAUUCCUAAGGAUUGGAAACAUUUCAAGGUAGCAUUCUUGGAGAUGUAUUUUCCCAACAGUGUAAGAACUCAGAAGGAGCGAGAAUUUCAGAAUUUCAAGCAUGGCAGCUUGUUUGUUUCAGAAUAUGCUGAGAAGUUUGAAGACUUGGCUGAUUAUUCCCGACUAGUUGUUUAUGCUCCGGAUGAACUAUGGAAGAUUGACCAUUUGAAGAGGGUUCAAGAAGAGAGGAACCAGAACAAGACUAAUUUUAGGGAGCAAGGAAGAUCUGGCCAGCAUCUAAAGCCCCGUAAUCCUCCACCAAAGAAGAAGCAGGGUUAUGGUGACCAAUCAACUCAACCGCCUUAUUGUCACAAGUGUAAUAAGAAGCAUACCGGAGAGUGCAAGUACGCUUCAGUGACUUGUUUUGGAUAUGUUGAUUGUGGAGCUACUCAUUCUUUUAUCUCUACCGAGUGUGUUUAUCGACUUGGUUUGGAAGUUAAUUCAUUACCCGAACCUAUGGUCAUUUCUUCGGCAACGGAUAAUACCGUGGAAGCUCGACUAAUCUGUAAGGAUUGUUCGGUAUCUUUUAAUGGUCGUGACUUCCUGAUUGAUCUAAUUUGCUUACCCCUCAAGAGGCUCGAUGUCAUUCUUGGAAUGGAUUGGUUGUCUCUUAAUUUGGUGUAUAUUGGUUGCAAGGAGAAGGCCAUAUUUAUUCCUGCAGAAGAGACUUCUUCCGAUAAUGCAAUUACCAAGUUGAUAGAAGUUCCUUCCAAGGAACCUUCUAUAAGGGUUGAAUUUUCCGAGAUUCCGGUGGUGUGUGAUUUUCCUGAUGUGUUUCCCGAGGACAUCACUUCUCUUCCUCCGGAAAGGGAAGCGGAGUUCUCAAUUGAUCUUGUUCCUGGUACUGCCCCAAUUUCCAUCACUCCUUAUAGGAUGUCUCCUAUUGAACUCAGAGAACUGAAGAACCAGUUAUAA